GAGAGAGGGUUGGUGUGGUGGUGUUUUCCUCCUGCAUGCAUCAGUGAGGGAGAGGGAGUGUGAUGGUGGUGUUUUCCUCCUGCAUGCAUCAGUAAAAUGUGAAGAUGGCGGAGCUGCAGAUGCUGCUGGAAGAGGAGAUUCCUGCUGGUCGAGGAGCUUUGCUGGACAGCUACGCCAACCUAGAGAGAGUCGCCGAGUACUGCGAGAGCAAUUACAUACAGUCUCCAGAUAAGCACAGAGCUCUAGAAGAGACCAAAAGCUACACCACUCAGUCUUUGGCCAGUGUUGCGUAUCUGAUCAACACUCUUGCCAACAAUGUGCUCCAGAUGCUGGAUAUACAGGCGUCCCAGCUACGCCGCAUGGAGUCAUCCAUCAACCACAUCUCGCAGACGGUUGACAUCCAUAAAGAGAAGGUGGCCAGGCGAGAGAUUGGCAUCCUCACCACCAAUAAGAACACUUCUCGCACGCACAAGAUCAUCGCACCAGCCAAUCCUGAGAGGCCUGUGCGCUACAUCCGCAAGCCCAUUGACUACAGUCUGCUGGAUGACGUAGGCCAUGGCGUAAAGUGGUUACUAAGGUUUAAGGUGAAUGCUCAGAAUAUGAAAGCGGGAACAACUCCACACACAGCAGCCCCGACCCAGAAACCCCCAAGCCCUCCCGGACCUGGCAAAGGAACCCUUGGGCGCCACUCCCCUUACCGGACGCUUGAGCCUGUGCGUCCACCUGUCGUCCCAAACGACUAUGUGCCGAGUCCAACACGAAACACUGCACCACCCCUGCAGAGCCCGGCUAGAACUGCAUCCGUUAAUCAGAGGACCCGCACGUACAGCAGUGGCAGCAGUGGCGGCAGUCACCCCAGCAGUCGCAGCAGCAGCAGAGAGAACAGUGGGAGUGGCAGUGUGGGUGUGCCCAUCGCCGUGCCAACCCCUGCCCCGCCCACCGCCUUUCCUGGUACAACGCCUGCCCCUCCAAACCCUCCCAAACCCCCUCCCACCAUUACUAUCCCUGCCCCUCCUGUACCUCCACCGCCCCCCACCCCAGAGCCGGUGCUGCCUGCCCCUGCCCCAACCCCUGCCCCGCCAGCAGAGGGCCCUCCCGAGAUCCCACCGCCCCCACAGCUGCCCCCAAACCUCCCUGUAAGCACCAACACCAACCCUGCUGCUGCAACCAGCACCCCUGCUCAAGGGAAUGGACCUCACUUUUACAGUAUGAACCGGCCAAUGACGCGGCACACCACGCCUUCAGUGGGCGGGUCCCUGCCCUAUCGCAGACCGUCAUCAGUUACUGGACAGCCCAACAACAUGCCUCAAAACACUAAUCCAAACAUGAUACAAAACCAGCUUAAUGGAGGGCCACACUACAACCAAAACCAAGUCCCCAUGGCCCCCCCUCCACCCUCUAUUCUCCAGAUCACCCCUCAGCUGCCGCUCAUGGGCUUUGUGGCUCGGGUUCAGGAGACCAUCUCGGACGCUCCUCCACCGCCGCCUCCAGCAGAAGAGGUUGAGUUUGAGGAAGAGACGCCGCCUCCGCCUCCUCCAGAGGACUAUGAGGAUGAGGAGGGUGAGGAGGAUGAAGAGUCCGCUGUGGUAGAGUACAGCGACCCUUACGCUGAAGAAGACCCUCCGUGGGCCCCGCGCAGCUACCUGGAGAAAGUGGUGGCGAUUUACGACUACACACGUGACAAAGAAGACGAGCUGUCCUUUCAGGAGGGAGCCAUCAUUUACGUCAUCAAGAAGAACGAUGACGGCUGGUAUGAGGGGGUGAUGAGCGGCACCACAGGCCUUUUCCCUGGAAACUACGUGGAGUCCAUCAUGCAUUACGCUGACUGAACCAGCAGGUGGCGCCACUGCUCCUCUGUCCAUCAUCUUCCUCAUUCACUGAAACACACACCAGUCCAGCUACACUACGUCAUGCGCAGGCUUGUUGCAGACAUGCAAACCCAUGACUUGGUUUGAGAGCCGCAGGAAAAACUGUAAGAUAAAGACAUUAGGGACGUUUAUUCAUCUCUUUAAUUUCGAUCUCUUAGAAACAUGUAUCUCUUAGAAACAUGUAUCAGAUAAAGUGUUGGUUUUGCUUGACUUGUGUUGAUAGUGAUCGCUUUGCUUUCGCUCCUCGCCGUUUCGACGAAUGGGGCAGUUUUACUCAUGUCAUCACCAAAUUCGAAGGCGGCAAUCAUGGAUGUGCAUGUUCCAUCUCUUUUGGUUUUGUUUUUAAACAGUUGACCAGCAAAAAAUGAGAGAAAAGCUAUUGCCAAGAGUGACAGAACAGGGGAGUUUAUAUGCACAAUGGGUUGCCAGGUCAUAAAGGGGUGAUGUAUACGUUCUGGCUUUGAUUUUUGAGUUUAUUUGUUACAUUCUGAGUGCAUUUUGAAGUCUUUAGUAAGAGGAUUAAACCAAAGGAUUUCAGUGGCGUUUGGCAUCGCGAACGGGACCUUAAGAAAAACGUAUUUUUCACCAUUCCUUUACAUUCGUUUCUUUCCAACGAGAUUUUAUUGCUUGAAAUAUUUGCAAGUAUGUGUAUUCUUUGUAUGUAUGAAAAAACUACAAAAAAAACGAACACUAUUAAAUCGUUCAGGAAGUUUGUGCCAUACAGAAACAUUCAUAGACGGUCAUGUUUUGUUUUGGGGGACGUUUUUAAAUCAGGAAGAGAAGAAGUGUGUUAUUGUGAUCUUUAACCUCCGAUUCAUCCCUUUGACCAACUGUGGACUUAAAGAUAUGAGACUAUUCUAUAUGUAUGUUAUAUAUUGAUUUAUAUUAUAGAAAUACUAUUGUGUUGGUGGUGUAUGACUGGUGUAGAGACAAGAGAAAACCCCAUUUAUCUGCAAUAACAAAGGCACAGUUAGGACGACGAGCUACAGAGAUUUUUUUUUAAAGCACAAGAGAUAAAGAUGAUCUUACAAAAUGUGAAGACUGAUGUUCUUUGGGGAUGAAGAGAGAUUGAAAAACCAGAAACCAGCCCAAAUUUGAACGCAUCCUCAUACCCACAUGCAGAUAAUGUGGAUGGAACUGUAUCUAAUGCACAGAGACUUUUUCUAUCGAGUACUUUGAUGUCUAUAUGUGAGUGUGUGCGAGUGUGUAUGUGAGCGUGAAACUUCACUGUUUAUGGAUCAUUGGUGACUGACUUGCUUGUCUGUGUGCAAAUCUUUAUUUUCAACGAACGGUCUGUGGCGAGGGUGUGUGAGUCUUGCAUGUUGAUCAUUUUCUGUGAUUUUCCUGCUGAUGGAGAAUAAAACUGGAUAUAUCUGA